ACGUUUUCAACGUUUGACGUUUGUUGGUUUACUGAACUGAAAACACGUUCUGUAAAAUCGAUUCAAGAUGAAAACCGUCAAUAAAAUAAAAGAAAAGAAGCGUAAAUCGCUGAAGAAACCUAAACCGAAGGACAAGAAAGAAAAGGUUUUGAUCGUGGCCCAAGAAAUUAAGUUUGCCAGGCUGCUUUCUGGAAACGAAAAGAAAACCCGCGAUAGAGUGCUGAAAACGUUCAAGAAAUGGCUUUUAAAUUGUUUUGCUAAAGGAUACGAAUUUAAAGAAGAUGACUUUAUUAGGGUAUGGAAGGGGCUGUUUUAUGCUGUUUGGAUGUCAGACAAACCUUUGGUUCAGGAAGAACUCUGUGAGACCAUAGCCAGUAUCCUAGACCUGUUUCCUCCGGAGCAGAUCAAGCACGCGCUGCUCAUGACCAAAGCUGGCUUCAAGGUGUUGGCGACCGAGUGGUACGGCAUCGACCAACACCGUAUGGACAAGUUCCUGAUGUUAGUCCGCCGCUACCUCCGCGGCAGUCUGCGAAUCAUUCGGCGAGCCGGCUGGGGCGCAGCGUGCAAACAAUACGCUGACAUGCUGACCGGCAGCGAUGGGCUCCUGUGUCCUCGCACGCCGUUAUACGCGCGUAACGCGGGCUCCAUGCUGAUGCACUUCGUGGACUGCUUCUUGGAGGAGCUGUCUAAGGUGUCGGAGGGCGAAGUCCCGGGCGCGAGCGUGACGGAAUUGCUGCGACCUUUUUGUGGAUACAUGUGCGCCGGCGAUUCACCCGCGCUGUGCGUCGCUUGCAGGCGUCUGUUGACGGAGCUCUUACGACAAACAGAGCAGGGCCUCGCCUACCGCGACAAGACGCGCGCUUGGAAACAGAUGGGCUGUCCCCGCGGCGGGCCCGACGCCCUGCAACUGGACUCGGACGACGAGGCGGAAGAAGAAGAAAUAGAAGACGACGAUGAUGACGAUGACGUGCCAACAGCCUUGGACCCGCGUGCAGGACGUGUUGACGUCAUCCUGCAUCCAGUUUCAGUUGACGCCAGUGGUAUAGCGCGCACAUUGAAAGGCCUGCUCGCUACUGCUGGAUCUAAAGCGCAUAAGCGGACGAAGAUAUGCUUGCAACGAUUCGAGCAACUAGCCAAAGACGAGUACCCGUUGAAAGUGGAAGACGUGUAUGGAUCCGACGACGAAGAGAAGAAACCCAAAGCGGCGCACGCGGCGAAGGAACUCAAAGCGCUGGAGAAAAAACUCGUGGCUGCUUCAGACGAGCUGGCGUUGAGAGGGCUGAGUCGCAAGCACCGCAAGCGAGUGUUGGCCAAAAGUCGCUCCGGAGUUGCGCUGGUGUCUGACACCACGCCCGCCGCCCCUUUGAUGUCUGACACCGACCGCGAUGUCACGUCCACGAAUGGUGACUGGGCAGUCCAAGCGACAGAGAAAAAAGCUAAAAAACACAAACUGAAUACGUCCAACAAGGAAAACGUUCACAAGGACAGAAACGCGAAGAAACCCAAACAUACUGACACGCGAAAAGAAAGUAAAAAAGAGAAGCAGCAAAAACAUGCUAGCAAACAGAAAUUAGAGAUAACACCUUUAAAAAAUGGAAUAAAACAUGGAAACAAAGAAAAAAUGGAGUCAAUACCUGUGAAAAGUGAAACAAAACAUGAAAACAAACGAAAAACAGAGGCAGUGCCUGUAAAAAAUGAAAAGCAUGCAAGCAAACAGAAAAUAGAGGUAACACCUGUAAAAACUGAAACAAAAAAUGAAAAAAAUCACAAAAAUGAUAAACAAUUUAAGCUCCCAAGAAAAACAAGCGACGUUUCGAAGAAGACUUUAGAAGUUUCAACAAAUAAACAAUUAAAACUAUCAAAAAAGACAAAUGAAGUGACUCAGAAGAAGUCAUUUGAAACGCCUAAGAAGGUCAAGUUUGUACUUAAGAAUAAUUCCAUGCAAGGAACCAUAGACUACUACAAAAGCGUGAGACAAAGUCCGAAUAUUCCUUACGAUGGAAGCAAAAAACCUACAAAAACAAACUUGAAACCGUCGACACCUUCUCCGUUGAACCCGUUCGCGAAAAAGAAGCUGAGACUCAAAUGAAAAA